AUCUAUUUUUUUUCUCCAAACAGGUUGCACCGGUUACUUUUCGGUUGAUAUUCAUAUGAAUUCGUUUCCCUAAUGCCAUGGUCUAACACAGUGCAGGCAUGUCGACUUCAAGGGCUUUGACAGGUUUGUAGGCCUACUCCUACACUGUGGCUGCAUGCGUUUUUUUUUCAAUCUGUGAUUACCGGUUCAGUGAACUGAAAUUCUACACAUUCAGAAUGAAAUCGUCCGUGAACUCCACCUUCCCAAAAGAACACCAGCCUGCCUCUCGGUGAGCGAGCAAAGCAGCCUAUUUUCAGUUCGCUGCGAGCCUCGCUCCUCCCAUUGCUAUCCUCAAAGGCGCGGUGCAGACUCCGUACCGGGACGGAGGGUCAAAACAUCAGUUAAAAAAACUAUGUCUAUCUGAAGAUGUUUCUUUUGACCAUACCAGACAGGGGUUGUAUGGAUGGUGUUUCGCAAAGUGUGAAAAAAGAACGAUUUUACUAUUGAAAUGGCACCUCCACUUGUCAUCUGGCAAGACUGACUUUCAUCGCAUAACGUGGAUAAUAGAAGAAAACAAGUUGUUGAAAGUUCUGACGUCUCCCCGUUGAAUACUGGGGUCUCCUAAGGGGCAAAAGGGAUACGGCAGGUUUUAAACAAUCUCCCUCCUCCCUCUUCCUCGUGCCCCGUCACACCACCCCCUCCUCUAUCGAUAUUUCUCCAGGUCCUGUGAGGGGAGGGGGGGCCAGCAUGACGCGACACAACCCCCUCCUCCACCACCACCACCUCCUCUUCCUCCUCCUCUUCUCCUGCCACCAUGUGACCACGCUACCCGCUGCAGACUGCCCAAGGGACUGCUCCUGCGCCACGCCCGAGACCAUCUUCUGUGUCCUGCGGCGUUCAUCGGGCAUGCCCUCCGGAGUGCCUGCGUCCACGCGGAACCUCUACCUGUUCCAGAACGGCAUAGAGACGCUGCAGCAGGAGGACUUCGAGGGCCUCGAGGAGCUGGAGAUGCUGGACAUGAGCCAGAACAAGCUGACCGAGCUGCCCGACCGCGUCUUCACGUCCCUCUCGAACCUCCGCAACCUGGACCUGUCCGCCAACCAGAUCACGCACAUCGGCGAGGAGAGCUUCGCGGGGCUGGACCUCCUGGAGAGGCUCUACGUGUACAGCAACCUGAUCCAGACGAUCCACCCCAACGCCUUCGACGGACUCGAGCACCUGCUGGAGCUGAAGCUGCAGGGCAACCAGCUGGCGUCGUUGCCAGCGCUGCGCAUGCCCAGCUUGCUGCUGCUCGACCUGCGGUUCAACCACCUGCCCGACCUGGGGCCCGGCGACCUCCAGACGCCCAGCCUCGAGUGCCUGAAGCUGGCCGGGCUGGGGCUCACCAGGCUGGACGCGGAGCUGCUGGGCGGCCUGUCCAACCUCCAUGAGCUGGACGUUUCGGGGAACCAGCUGAGCACGUUCCCCCCGGUACUGCGGCAGGCUGGGGGGCUGAUCCGUCUGAGCCUGGCGGGGAACCCUAUGGGUCCCUUGCGACUGGACGACUUUGAGCACCUCGGGGAGCUGCAGGAGUUGGACAUCAGCAACCUGAGUUUGCAAGGAUUCCCCGAUGGAUUCCAGCACCUUUUUCCCAACCUGCGGCGGCUGACUGUGGCGGAGAAUCCUUUCAACUGCCUCUGCACGCUGUCCUGGUUUCCAGGAUGGCUGAGGACCCAGCAGGUGACGCUCGGGCGGACCCAGGAGACCAGGUGUCACUUCCCGCCUCUGAACGCGGGGAAGGUGCUGGAGAGGCUGGAGCACAGAGAGUUUGGCUGUCCCACCACCACCACCCUCACGCCCAGCACCGUAAGGACCACCACCGCUCAGGCAGUGCUCACCACCACUCGUCCCAGCACCACGCAGGCCAUCCCUCGACCAGCACCUCCUAAUCCGAGCCAGAUUCCCUCCAAGGACACGGACAGCGACGAGCUCCCGCCUCCUGUGCCCUCUUCUCCCAGCGACGACGACACAAAUGGCGAACAAAAACAGUUAACCCCCUGCCCCUCGAACAUCUGCCUCAACGGCGGAACCUGCCGGGUCGCCAAGCAGGGUCAUUUGGAGUGUGCCUGCCCCACCCACACAUCAGGUGUGUACUGCGAGAAGGUCGAUGACGUGGCGUCCCGCCACGACAACUCGCCUGAGGUGGAGGAUGACAAACACAUCGCCCCGGUAACCACCGUCGUCCCCGCCUACGCGUCCCAGGACAUCAGCCCGGGCCUGGUCACCAGCACCUCGAUCCGACUGGACCUGCGCCGCUACAUUGAGGCCCGGCCGCACAUCCGCGGCAUCCGGCUCACCUACCGCAAACUCUCCGGGUCCGACCGGCGGCCCAUGCACCUGAACAUCCCUGCCUCCUACCCAGAAUACACCUUGCGCGGCCUGCGCCCCAACUCCACCUACACCGUGUGCGCCGCCCCACUGGGGGGGCAGCAGACUGGCGCGGCGGCGUCCGUGGAGGAUGGGGACAAGGCAUGCAUGGAGGCCCGCACACUAGGCCAGCAGGACACUACCACGGGAGCGCUGGUGGAGGAGCCCCAGCUGCGGACCGUCCUCGUUCCGGCCCUCGCCAUCUUGCUCCUGCUGGUGGUGCUGGCGGUGUCCGUGGGGGUGGCGUGCUAUCUCCGGCAGAGGCGGGCCAAGGGCCACCUGGAGCUGGACUGUGAUGCGGGCGCACAGCUGGAGCUGGAAGGGGUGAACGGCGGCUUGGAAAACGGGGCGCUGCCACAGAAACAGAGCGACCCGGGUACGGGAUCGGGGUCGCCUAACACAGCAACCACGACAACGACGACAAUGCUGGGACUUGGGAACGGGACGCUCGAGUAUGAGAUCCCCCUCAUGCAGGAACACUGCGCAGCCAACAACAACGUGGCCAAUCACAAGCCCUCGUACUUCUGACCUCUGAGGAGAGGGGGGCUCACUGAUGAGAGAUACUGAUGGUGACCUCUGUAGAGGUCAGAGGGCAAAGGGCAGCGUCUACAUUCAGGGAUCAGCUAGCCACGCACAUGCAGCAUGCACCAGCCAUAUACAAAAGGGAAUAUACAGCGGAUCAGCUCACAAUGCAAUACUGUGGAGACAUUGAUGCUGAUUAUUUUGGGGCGGUACGUUUUUUUUUGUUCCUCCCAAUAUUCCUGUGAAAACUUAUGUAAAAAAAACAACAGCAGUGUUUUCUGGAGGUUUGCUUGUUUCUGUGAAUGUGUUGGACUGGACUACUACUCUUUUUUUAUGUGAGAAGAAGAGGCGUGAUCUGGCUCUGCCUUCAAACCCUGUGUAACAGGGUGGUCACAUUUUCAUACACUCUUCAGCAGUACUGUUAGGCCAACAGCAAAGUUUCCCUAAGAGGGCACACACACAAACACGCACCAUUAGUAUGUGAAAUGGCUAAAGCCCCCGAAGCACCAUCUCUGGCCCAAAUAGGAGCCAAAUUGCGGAUGGGUACGUAGUACGCCAUAGCAUGGCCUGGCAUGGCUCAUGGUUUUGGUUGUACGGUACUGCAUGCUUUUCCUCACAACUGACUGAAUCUAUACAGCACAUACAGUAUAUGCUGGGCAGCGUUUGACUGUGAAAGUAGCAGUGCACCAGAGAGAGUAGAGAGAGAGAGGUUCCAUUGGCCCAUUGUUUCCGGAUUCUAUUAUUGGGGGGGAAUUCCCCCUUUAGGCAGACCUAGGCAGACCUGAGGACUGUUCUAUUCAAUGCUAGGAGCAUUAUGACACGCCCCUUUAGGCAGACCGGAACCUGGUCAUGUUAGGUGCCCAUAGAAACCUAUUAUGUUGGCAUAUCUCUAUACUUAAAGAAUCUCUGAGUGCACUGCAGUGCACCACAGUGUUGCUCCAUUCGCCAGGAGCCGGGAGGGAGACGUCAGUGCUGUUUGCUGUGAACACAUUAUGGACUCUCGAGUCUCCAAGUCAAUGAAGAUAAGGGGCUCCCCUCUGCAGCCAUGGUGGCGGAAGCCAUCGCCGGUGAAGGCUGCAGUGUCGAAAUCAAAGGGCGUCGUGAAGUCACAUUUGUGUGUGUGUGUGUGUGUGUGUGUGUGUGUGUGUGUGUGUGUGUGUGUGUGUGUGUGUGUGUGUGUGUAUGUGUGUGUGUGUGUGUGUGUGUGUGUGUGUGUGUGUGUGUGUGUGUGUGUGUAUGUGUGUGUGUGUGUGUGUGUGUGUGUGUGUGUGUGUGUGCACGUCUGCUUGCUCGUGUGUGUGUGUGGUUUUUUACUGUGCUUGUAUGUUUCAUAUCUGCUUUGCUGAGUAUGUUUUUUAAUCUACAAAAAGUGACUGUAACUCUCGCCCUGAUCCUUUACACCCGGACCCCAUGUGACUUUACAGACAAAACAGCAGAUUAAAUUCUUUGAAGAUUAAAAACUAGAGACUCGCACAGACAAGUCAAUCAAGGGAUCUAACUUCAUGAAUGGCACACACACACACACACACACACACACACACACACACACACACACACACACACACACACACACACACACACACACACACACACACACACACACACACACACACACACACACACACACACACACACACACAAAAUUCCUUUUUCCCCCUUUCAUUGGUUUUUCUAGAACCCACACAUUCGCAUGGCGAGAUCACCACCAAGAUUACACAAAAGCAAAAGGCGAAGUCGACUGAAAAACCCAAAAUCUUUUUAGGUCUAGCUUCUCGCUGACACUGUUCUUACAAUAGCUGACAACUACAUUAGGGUGGCUUGGAAUAGUAACAACAGACGUAAAAAAAAGAAAACUGGAAGCCGAGGCCUGAGUUAGCCUUAAGUCACCCCACGAAUAUAUCUGUGGUGUGAAAACUGCUUUUGAGACAGCAUAGUUGUGUGAUUGGAACUCGGCGCUCUCCUUGUCACAGUGGUGGCAUAACACGCAGAUUCCUGAAAAACCAAACCAACUGGCACGUUGGCACAGGAGACGUGUAGCAAAGAGUACAACACACACACACACACACACACACACACACACACACACACACACACACACACACACACACACACACACACACACACACACACACACACACACACACACACACACACACACACACACACACACACACACACACACACAGCACUGUAUUGGGUUAUUUUGAAGACUUAAAAAUUCCCUUUUAAUAAUUUAUUUGCGAUUUAUCUGGGUACGCCCAUGUAGCAAAGCCAAAAGAGCUUUUUAAAAAAUGUAUUCACAACUUCUCAGACUAUACUACAAAACAAUGAAAAACUAAACUACAAAACUAAUCUGGUAUUGGAACAGUGUAGCAAAGAUCGCAAGGGCAUACUGAACAAUGGUAUUUGCUUAUCUCAAACAACCUUGAGGUUUUUUUUAAAAUAACAAUUGGUCAGGUUGUGUGGUUGUACUAAUAGAUAGCAAAGGCCAGCUAUUCAAAUUGAGGAGGUGGUGGCGAGGGAAGAUUACUGUAACCUUGAGUAAAGGACAUUACGCCGAAAAUGAUGGGCAUUAAGAAGAAUUUAGAAACGACAAAAAAUAUUCAAGGCAAGAGAAGUGUGUGUCUGCAUGUGUGUGCAUGCAGGCGUGCACGUGUGUGUGGCUACUUUCUUUGAAACUGAUAAUGCAGUUGACCUGCUGGUUGGUGUGGUGUGGAGUUGAAGUCUAUCAGAUGAGAGGGGUAAGGGGUAGCGAGUAAGCGGGAGAUCUUGAUCAGAGACCAGCAUGGUGCAUCAGAUAACAUCCAUAGAGCCUCUCUCUGGCUCAUGUUCAAGCAAGAAGCAGGCGUUACAGUAAAGCAGAGAAAAAGGUAAAAAUGUACAGCAACACCCCAACACAAAAAUAGUGAAUGAAGGGAAUUUGGCUCUUUUUUUAUGAAUUUGGCCUCUUUAAAUGGAUUGUUAGACAAUUCAAACGGAUAUGUGUUUAAAACAGCCAUGAAAGUUGAAUUUUAUCAUUAAGAUGUAUUAAAAAAGAUGUUAAUAAAAAAAAAACCCUAGGUACAUAGACAUACACAGGCCUGCAUCAGCAACAGCUGAAUAAAACCGAUUUAAAAAGCUAGCAGUGAAAGUCUAAAUGCUGUAUCAGUGUGCAUGACUGUGAGCAGAAAAAAAUAUCCCAUGUCACGAUAUUUGGCUUUUAACAGAAAUCCAUUUGUGAGGGCAUGCAUCUGACCCCUGACCUCUGUGAGUAUUACUGCGGCUGGUAAUGUUAUGUCUAGCCGUCUCUCUCGAUUUCAAAGCCAUUCUCUCCCCAGUACGUACAGUACUGUAUUAACAAUCACACUGAGCCGUGUAUGCUGUACCCCUGCCCUUGCCCUGGCCAGACUGACACACACACACACACACACACACACACACACACACACACACACACACACACACACACACACACACACACACACACACACACACACACACACGCGCGCACACACGCGCGCACACACGCGCGCACACACACACAAACACACACUAGUCCUUUUGUUUAACAGUAUAUGAGAAACAAUGUGAGCGGUGGAAACUGGAACCCUGGGGGUAAGAGAAGGAGAAGAAGGAAGUAUUGAGAAUAUUCUGGAAUGUUGUGAAUAUUCUGGAAGUAUUGAGAACAUUCUGGAAUAUCCUCAGUAAGAUUUUAUUUUCCCUGUUUUUUUAGGGAGGCUGUCUUGUGUAUUACAUUCUUUUGGAUAAAGUGUUAAUUGAUUGUGAAAUGAUGGUAUUAUUAAAAAAAGACAAGAAAGGUAAAAUAAAAACAAAUAAAGACUGGCUAAGUUGUCUCUGUCGUUGAUCCU